UUAAUCGAUGAACAGGUAGAUAAAAAUACCCUAAUGACAGACACAGAUACGCACUACAUAACCAAAUUCCCAUACAGUAUUUCACCAGAUAUCCAUAACCUAGAAAACGCAUAUAUACAUGUAACCGCCAUUUCUCAUCAAAAUCUCUAAAUUAUGUGCAUCCAUUAUACUCAUGAAUCCUUUUUUUUUUUUUCUUCCCCAGAUACGGCUGCUGCUGGUGGGCGUGUGCUUGGUGACGUGGGCGGCGUCUGUGCAAGCAAGGGCGCAGGGAUACCGGUAUUCGUCGCCUGAGGAUGACCGGUCGUUAGACAGCGACGAGGACUACGACCAUCCGAGUUAUGCCUUCAGAUACGACGUGGAAGACAGUUACUCCGGCAAUUUCUUCGGUCACUACGAGACCCGCGAAGGAGACGAAACCGACGGCGCCUACUACGUCCUCCUCCCCGACGGCCGCCGACAGAAGGUCGUUUACGAGGUCGAGGGAGACUCCGGUUUCCUGUCGCAGGUGACCUACGAGGGCGACGCGGGGACCUACUUCAGCACCUUCAACCACGGACACAGAGGACUGAGUGGAGGAAGAGGCUUUGGAGGAGGAGGCGGAGGAGGAGCGGGUUCCUUUGGAGGGGGAGGAGGAGGAGGAGGAGCGGGUUCCUUUGGAGGGAAGAUUGCUUCUGGAGGAGGAGGAGGAGGAGGAGGAGGAUUCGGUGUCUCUGGUUUUGCGUCGGGGAGAGGAGUAGGAGGAGGAGGAGUAGGAGGAGGUUUCACUUCCUCAGGAGGGCUUCACGUAGGAGGUGGUUUUGAGGGAGAAGAUGGAGGAGAGGAAGAAGAGGGUGGAGAAGGUGGAGAAGGCGCUGGACGAGCAGAGGCUGUUGGUAGCCAAACAGGACCUGCGGUUGGAAGUGGAGCGAGUGUUGCUGUUCAUCAUGUUGGAGGUGGAGUAGGUGGAGCUGGAUUUGCUACUGGAGGUGGAGCAGGUGGAGCCGGAUUUGCAACUGGAGGUGGAGUGGGCGCAGGUGGAGCUGGAUUUGCAACUGGAGGUGGAGUAGGUGGAGCCGGAUUUGCUGCUCAGACAGCAAGUGGAGCUGGAUUUGCUGCUGGAGGUGGAGCAGGUGGAGCUGGAUUUACAACUGGAGGUGGAGUAGGUGGAGCCGGAUUUGCUGCUCAGACAGCAGGUGGAGCCGGAUUUGCUGCUCAGACAGCAAGUGGAGCUGGAUUUACGACUGGAGGUGGCGCAGGUGGAGCCGGAUUUGCAACUGGAGGUGGAGUGGGCGCAGGUGGAGCUGGAUUUGCAACUGGAGGUGGAGUAGGUGGAGCCGGAUUUGCUGCUCAGACAGCAAGUGGAGCUGGAUUUUCUGCUGGAGGUGGAGUAGGUGGAGCUGGAUUUUCUGCUGGAGGUGGAGCAGGUGGAGCUGGAUUUGCGACUGGAGGUGGAGUAAGUACAGGUGGGGCUGGCUUUGCUACUGGAGGUGGAGUAAGUGGAGUAGGCGCAGGUGGAGCUGGCUUUGCUGCUCAUACUGCUGGCGGAGCAGGUGGAGCUGGCUUUGCUGCUCAAACUGCAGUUGGUGGAGCCGGUUUUGCUGCUGGAGGCGGAGUAGGUGGAGCAGUAGGUGUUCACCAGACUGGAGGUGGUGCUGGAGGAACAAGUGUGACCGUACAUCACACUGGACCGGGUGGAGUUGCACUUAGUGGUCAACAAGGUGGAGUAGGAGCAGUGGUUCACCCGACCGGGGUUGGACUUGGUGCCGGUGUAACUGUUCACCAGACAGGAGGUGGUGGUGGCUUUGGCGUUCAAACUGGAGGCGGCGUAGGUGGUGCUGGAGUUACAGUUCAUCAUACCGGAGGUGGUGCUGGGUUUGGCACUCAGACAGGUGGCGGAGGUGCCUUUGCUGCUCAACAAACAGGAGGUCUGGCAACUGCUGGCGUCCACCAGACAGGAGGAGCCUCUCUGUCCUUUGGUAGUGGCAGCACUGGUGGCAUUUCUGUUCAUCAUUCCGGUUCCCCGACUAGCACUGGAGUCACCCCCGGCCCUGUGGCGAGUGCCUUGGUCUCUGGCCCUACCUUUGGCACAGGUAACCAGGUAUCGGUAGGUCAGACAGGUGCGGUUGGUGUUGCUACUGGUUUUGCAGGCGCCCAGGGAACUGCAGCAUUCGGUGGAAGUGCUCAGGGAGGAGGCUUUGGCGGUGCCCAAGCUGGUCUUGUUGGUGCCCAGGGAGGGGUAGGGUUUGGAGCUGGUCAAGGAGCAGGAUUUGGAGUUACUCAGGGUGUAGGAUUUGGAGGUCAAGGAGUAGGAAUUGGAGGCUUUGCUGGUGGUGCCCAUGGAGGAGUUGGAUUUGGAGGUGGACGAGAGGCAGGAGUUGGAGUGACACAAGUCAGUAUUGGAGGUGGCCACGGAGCUGGAUUUGGAGGUAGUACAGCAGCACCAGGAUUCGCAGGUGCUCAAGGUGGAGCAGGAUUUGGAACUACACAAACUAGUGUUGCAGGUGCCCAAGGAUCAGGAUUUGGAACAACACAAGUCAGCCUUGGUGGCAUUCAAGGAGGGGUAGAAGCCCAAGCUCUGACAUUUGGUCCCCAGUUUACAAGUGGUUUUGGAGGGGGUGUUUCAGUGACUCCAUCUAGUGUAACUCCCACAGCAAGUCCAUUAAUAUCUACACCCAGUCCUAUAAGUCCGCCUGGUGUAACUCCCGCAAGUCCCUUUGUAUCUACCACAAGCUUUUCUGUAACUCCUCCAAGUGUAUCUCCCACAGCAAGUCCUCUAGUAUCUGGUGGAGGUAUUUCAGUGACUCCCCACAGCGUAACUCCCACACCAUUUCCUCUGGGACCUGGGGGUGUUUCAGUGACACCUAGUAUAACUCCUAUAACUCCCACAGAAAGACCAUUUGUAUCCAGCACACCCUUUUCUGUGACGACUCCAAGUCCUCAAGUGACUGGAGGGGGCUUUUCUGUAACUUCCCCCAGUGUAACUCCUACAGCAAGUCCUUUCGUGUCCAGCACUAGCUUUUCCUUCACUCCUUCCAGUGUAACCCCCACAGCAAGUCCUUUGAUAUCUGGCGGAGAAGUCGGAGGAGUCAGCCAAGUCAGCUUCCACUCGGGAGCAGCCAGUGGUGGGUUCGAAAUCCCUGGAUUCAGUGCUGGCACCACAUCACAGGGCUCAUUUCCCUUCUCGAACAGAGUGGAUGACGUGACCAUUCAAGCAGGAGGCAUUGGCAGUGGACAAGCAGGAUUUGCAGGUGAAGCAGGUGUUGGAUUUGGAGGACAAUCAACAGGAUUUGCUGGACAAGCAGUAGGAUUUGGAGGCCAGGCAGGAGCAGGAUUUGGAGAGCAAGCAGGAUUUGGAGGACAAGAAGUAGGAUUUGGAGGACAAGCAGGAUUUGGAGGACAAGAAGUAGGAUUUGGGGGACAGGCAGGAUUUGGAGGACAAGAAGGAUUUGCAGGUGGAGACGUAAGUGCUGGAUUUGGAGGACAAGAAAUAGGAUUUGGUGAACAAGGAGGCUUUGCAGGUAAUCAAAUAGGCUUUGGAGGUGAUCAGGGAUUCACAAGUGGACCCGUAGCAAGCCCUUUGGUAUCUGAUCCUUCAUUCGGAGCUGGCCAGGCAGGACCAGGCUUUGACAUUGGUCCUGGACCCGGAUUUGGUGGACAAGAUGCAGGGUUUGGAGGUGGCCAAGGAGGGUUUGUAGACAAUCAAGUUGCCUUUGGAGGUGGUCCAGAAUUUAUUGGCAGCCAACCAGAUCUUGGUGCUGGAGUGAGCUUUGGCCCUGUAACACCUGGGCCUAUUUUUGAGGGUGGUCAAGCCGGACCAGGAUUUGGAGCAGGAUUCAGUGAUGCUCAAGCUGGAUUUAGAAAUGAUCAGGGAUUUGAAGUGGGUCCAGGAUUUGGAGGUGCUGCCCAAGCGGGUCCAGGAUUUGGCGGAGGCCCAGCAGAAGUAAGCUUUGAUGGUGCUCUAGAUAUAAGCGUUGGAGGAGGCCAGGGAGGUGCAGGAUUUGCAGGAGGUCCUACAGCAAGUCCCUUAAUUGCUGACCCUUCAUUCGCAGCUAGCGGAGGCCAAGGAGCAGCUGCCGCAUUUAGUCAGUCUGCUGGUGGAUUGGGAGCUCAAUUCGAUGGCCAGUUUGCAGGGCCUGGCGGAGGCUUUAGCUUUGGCUCUGGACCCGUUGCAAAUGCCUUGAUCUCAGCUCCAAUUCUCAGCUCAGAGCAGGUUGCAAGUCAAGGUUUCGUUGGCAACCAAAUCAGCGGCGCAGGCGUUGCUGCCAGAAGUAACUUGGCUGGCCCUACAGUGGAGUUCCAAAUCGGUCAACCCCUCGCAGCAGCAACCGUAAGAGGAGCACCCGCGACCUCGCAAGCCGGCAUUCUCACGAGCCUAGUCAAUGCAAACAGACCGGCGCUUCAUCUGAUCCCUGCCCAGUCCAUUAUCCCUAUUGGUCCACUAGCACGAGCUUAAUUGUCUGUUUCCUUGUGAAUUCGCAUGACUUGUCAAUACUCUUUAUAAUAUAUAUAUAUAUAUAUAUUUUCCCCUUUAUUUCUCAAUGCUUUGCUUCACUGGCACCGAUAUCAGUUUAGGUUUUCCUGAGUUUUACAUCGAGUGCCAGUGACAGUGCGAGUGUUUGUAAAUUUUACAACUUCUCUAAAUGCUUCGAGAAAGUUGGGAUUCUAAUUAACUAACUUGUGCCCCCGACUCAUUUUCCAAGGAAUAUGCCAAGUUAUCAACAAAGGGAACUGUGGAACUUCAUCACUAAUAGCUAUGUCCUUUUUCUUGAAGUACUGAACUGUAACAUGGUGUUACACAUUCACUGUAUGUAUGUAGUUAGAUUGUUAUUACCUCGUUAUUUUGUACAUAUGUGAGAGUUAUUAUAUUUUGUUUACAUUUUUCUAGUUUUAUAAUUAAGAUUUUACAAAGGUUGCUUUUUAAAUAAAAGAAAGUAUUUUU